AUGCAGAAAAGCCAACCAAAGAGCCUGAUGAAAGGGUUGACUCAAUUCAUUGUUGAUCUUCGUAACUCAAAAGAUCAAGACGAAGAAGAUAAAAAAAUCUAUUUGGAAAUCAACAACAUUAGAACAAAAUUUAAAUCAAAUUUGAAUGGGUACCAGAAAAAGAAAUAUGUUUGUAAAUUAGUUUACAUUUAUCUCAUCGGGAAUCAUGAUAUCGUUGAUUUUGGUUUGAAGGAAGCCUUUGAAUUAUUCAGAUCAAAUGUUUAUUCAGAAAAGAAAUUGGGUUAUUUGGCAGUAUCAAUCUUACUUAGUAAUGAAAGUACAACUUCCAAGACGAAAAGAAUUUCAUGUAAGGAUCAUUUGAAUUAUGUAUUAGAGAAAGUCCAACCUGACCUUGUACGUGAUUUACAAAGUGAAAAUGAAGAGUAUAAUUGUUUGGCAAUCGAAUUCAUCGCGUCCUGUUUCAAUGCCGGUGACUCCGAAUCUGUUGUUAUCAAAGAAUCUGAUCCAAAUUCACCAGAAUGGUUAGAGUUGAUAGAUAUGGUUUAUGCAUCAGUCACAUCUCCGAUUUCAAAACCUAUGGUUAAAAGAAAGGGUAGUUUAGCUUUGAAGUCAUUAUUGAGAUUAUACCCCGAGGUCAUUAUAACUAAUAGUAAUUGGGUACCAAGAUUAUUGAAACUCAUCGACGAGAAGGAUUUCGCCAAUGUCAUAUCAUGUAUUCCGUUAUUGCAAUAUGUUUUAACUUUAAACCCACAGUUUGUCAAAUCAAUUGUCCCAGGGGUAUCUAGAAGAUUAAGCCUGAUUGUUAUAGACGGGAUCUGUCCUCCUGUUGACUAUUAUUAUGAUUCACCUGCUCCAUGGUUGAUUGUAAAAUUGUUACAAUUCAUUGAACAAUUGUUUUUAUUAGUUGACAAAAAAGGUUCACAAGUAUUGACACUUUACCAAUUAGAUGAAAACACUAUUAAUGAAUUACGUCAAGUUGUUGCUAAAUCUAUUCAAAAUGCAUCACAGCCAAUUAAAGGAUUACCUAACAGAAACUCACAAAGUUCAAUUUUAUUUCAAGCUGUUUCAUUGGCAGUGUUUUUAGAAGCUUCUCCGGAAGCAAUUCACGGAGCCAUGAAUGCAUUGAUCAUGUUGUUGAGAUCAACAGAAACCAACACCAGAUAUUUAUCAUUGGAUGCAUUGAUUAAACUUACCGCAAGGUCAAAUAGUAACUAUCUUGCAUCAAAGGAUAAGUUUGAAGAAAUUUUGGAAGUGGUAAUGAAGUUAUUGCGCGACAAGGAUAUUUCAGUUCGUCGUAAAGCAUUGGACUUACUUUACACUAUCUGUACAUUUGAAAACUAUCAUGUGAUUAUCAGUCUGUUGUUAGAAUAUUUCCCCUUUGCUGAUUUCCAAUUAAAGUCUGAAUUAGCUAUUAAAAUUGCCGUGAUGGCUGAAAAGUUUGCUACCGAUUCCACAUGGUAUGUCACUACCAUGCUUAAGUUAUUGUCGAUUGGCGGCGGAAGUAAUUCUAAUGGCAUUGGGUUCAUGACGAAUGAAGUCUGGGAAAGAAUUGUACAAAUUGUGGUCAACAAUGAAGAUUUACAGAAAAAGACAUGUAAGAUGUUAAUUAAUUUGUUGAAAAGACCAUUCAAUCCUCAACAAGGAACUACCCAAGGGGCACACCCACCACCAGUUCCUCCACUGCAAUUGUCAGAGAGUUUAGUUAAAGUCGCCUCAUUUGUUUUGGGAGAGUAUUGUGAACAAGUUAAUGAUAUUGAAGACAUGAAUGUGCAUAUACAAUUCCAAUUGUUAUUUGAUUCAUAUUUCAAAGUGUCAUUGUUGACAAGAGCAAUGCUAUUGACUACUUUCUUAAAAUUUCUUGUCAAGUUUCCGGAUGCGUUAUUUGUACCAAAUAUUGUUGAUUUAUUUGAAAUUGAAACACAAUCAAUUGAUUUGGAGAUUCAAACUAGAGCUUACGAAUACUUGAAAUUGGUAACUUUACAAUCAGAUUUUGCGCUUGCAAAGAAUGUAAUUAAGCCAUUUCCUGCAUUUGAAAAUAAAAUUGAAAAUCCUUUGAUGAAUCGUCUUGGAAGUGUCAAUAGAAUUGUGGGUGUCAACAGGUCUAGAUCUGUUGUGAUGGCAAAGAAUAUUAAGAGUAAACCUGAUACAAGUUUGAUCCAUGACAAUGACGAUGAUAACGACGAAGCAGACCACGGUGAUACCACUAUUCAAAGUAAUCCAUUUGGGGAAGGAAACGCAGCUACGUCAAGUCCGAUUUUGAGUCCGAAUUGGUAUGCGGGUUUCCAUAGAAUGCUACAUUUUGAUGCAGGUAUCUUCUAUGAAGAUCAGUUGAUUAAAAUUACGUACAGAAUAAUUAAGAACACGAAUGAGUUAACUUUGAAAUUCACUAUAAUUAACAACGCCCACAAAACCAUCGGUAAGAAGAUAACCGGUUUUACAGUGCUUAAUCUAGAAUCAUUAGCCAACAUUCAGGACCCAAACUACACCUUGCAUAUAAAGAAUAUUCCAGACCCUGUAAUUUUGGAUAAAUCUCAGAUGGAUAUUGAAAUCAAGGUGAGAAAUAUCAUUGAAAACAAUGAAAGUCCUAUUUUGUCCAUGACUUUUAUGUGUGGUGGUUCGUUCAACCAAUUGAAUUUGAAGUUCCCUGUGUUGUUGUUAAAGACUAUAACCCCGACUGCAUUAGCAACCGUAGACGAGUUUGAAAAGAGAUGGCAACAAAUUAGUCAAAUGUUAGGUUUACAAGAGGGCGAGUCUACACAACAUGCUGUUUUGACACAUAGACACAACGCAUCCAAUAUUUCCCGGUUGUUAGCUAGAGUUGGUUUUGCUAUUGUCCAGUCUUCGCCUGACUCCCCUGACACUCCUAUUUUCGUUACAGGGGCCGGUAUUUUGCACACACAAAAGUCCAAUUACGGGGUCUUGGUUAAAGUCAGAGGCACUGAUCAAAUUGGUAAAGAAUUAGAAGUCAUAGUUAGAUGUACUGGUGGUGGGGUAGCAGAAGUUAUCGCGGCUACCUUAAAGGAGAUAUUCACAGGAAAGUUUUGA